AGUUUUGAAAAGGAUUUCUGUGCGCCUCGUUAUUCGUAUUAUCUACUCUUUAAAUUACAAUAUAGACAGUUGUUAAUGCAAAGAAUAUUAAUAAAACCAGAUAAUCUCUCUCUCUCUCAAACACAUAGUAGCGAUAUAAGUCUGAAUUAAGACGGCUAAACAAUAGGAAAUAACAAACCAAUUGUGGACGCACUAUUUUAUUGCGUACCACGAACCUGGAAGAAGAACUAAAUCUAUUUGUUGUAGUUCCGCGUUUUAAUGGCUGUGCCUACUCUUCAUUUGUAACUGCAUUAAAACUUUUCUGAUAUGUGGUUGUGUGUUAGUUAUAGGUUGAACUUGAUAUUGUGAUUGCCACACACAGCACGAUGCCUUUAGUGGUGGUGUGCGGGCUACCUUGUAGCGGCAAGAGCAGGAGAACUGAACAACUGCAGAAGUAUUUUAUGGAAAAUUGUGGUCGGAAAGUUCAUGUGGUUUGCGAAGAUGCACUGGGAGUACAAAAAAAUGAUACAUAUGCAGAAAGCUGAACAAAGAAGAUGUGGUGAUACUGGAUUCACUCAACUACAUCAAAGGAUACAGAUAUGAGCUAUUCUGCUUAAUUAAACAUGUUCAGACACCUCAUUGCCUGGUGUACUGUUUAACCUCUGAAGAAAUCAGUAAGUCAUGGAAUGCAGAGAGAGACGUGGUAAAACAAUAUUCUCCUGAAAUCUUUGAUGCUCUUGUCAUGCGUUUCGAGUGCCCUGAUUCCCGAAAUCGAUGGGACAACCCACUGUUUUCUAUACAGAAGGAAGACUCAUUACCUUUUGAAGCAAUACGUGAUGCACUUUUCUACAGAAAAGCACCACCACCAAAUCAGUCCACACAAAGUCAACCACUGUCUUCAACUAAUUUUCUCUACGAGUUGGACAGAGUCACGCAGGAUGUGUUGACAGCUAUUUUUAAUGCGCAGAAAACAAGUGUCCCUGGAGAACUAGUUGCAGUGCCUGGAACGGAUGAAAAAAUUGUACUGACAAGGAACCUGAAUAUGGCUGAACUCCGGAAAUUACGACGUCAGUUCAUCAGUUAUACCAAAAUGCACCCUACGGAAAAUAUUUCCCAGAUAUCCAAUAUGUUUGUGCAGUAUUUAAAUAAAAGUAUACACUAGUUGGGUAAAUUUCCUUACUGAGUUUUAAUAUUUUAUGUUUUAUUUAAAAAAAUAAAGGACUUUAUUUUAAAAUG